CAGAUGGUAAAUAGGAAGUUUCAAUCGACAAUAGGUAGUUCACAGUGAGGAUUUCAAAGGCAAGCUAGUUGGACCACCAUUCUACUGACAACAUUAAAACGUCGGAAUGUUCAAUCCGCACCAUCACCAACAACAGCAGCAAUUCCACCAACACCUGCGGCAGCUCCAGCAACUAUUCCAGCAGCAGCCGCCUCCACCACCCCCGCCCCCUCCGCCACCACCGCAGCCUCCACCGACCCAUCAUAUCCCGCAUCACCACCAAGGAGCCCGGCCCAUAGCAGUACCAGCCCCUGCACCACCUCCUCCCCGUAUAGUUAAUCUCUGCUCCGCCACACAGACCAUUAUUGCACCCAAUCCUAUGCUUCAAGGGGCUCUUCUGAUGCAACAGAUGCAAGGUAACAUGCGCAGCUUUGCUAUGGGUGGACAGCAGUUUCCACAGUUCUUUUCUGCUGGGUCGAGGUCCUCACUUCUAGGACCAGUUCCCCUAGGGGUUGCCAUCAAAACCCCCCACAUGGGAUUUCCUGCACGACACUUCAAUCCACAUGCCCGCUAUUUCAACAAUGACUUUCAGUCACGUCAGCCAGACAGGAAGCGGGAAAAUGAGCAAAGACCCACGGGGGGCACAGAGGGCCAAUCAGGAGCUAGUAGCCAUAGAGUAGAUGACUCUGAAACGAUAACAGAUGUGAACAGUCAGUCCUCAGGACAAGAAACAGAUGAGCCAGCUCCGAAGAAACAGAGAACAGAUGGGUCUGAGGAGUCUUUGGAGACAGAAGCAGCCUUGAGCUCUGAGCUCUUUAAAAGCCAGUCUGGUGAUGCAGAACCUGGAGACUGUGUAGUACUUGAAGAGGGAGGGAGUACCGCAGGGCCAGAGGCCGAAGAGGCUGUGGAGCAGAGCAGAGCAGCAGAGGCUCAGAACGCUCAGCUGCCAUUCAAAGACACCGAGCAGCUGAUUGGUGAGAACCAGGUAGGACCUGCAGGCUCGGAGAACAUGGCUGAGAAUAAAGAGGCUAGUGGGACUCCAGCUACUGUCCAGGAAGGAGUGACCCAGGCAGGAGGAGAAACCUCCAACAAGUUCUACUGCUACAUCUGCAACAUCACCUGCCACAACCAGCAGAAUUUUCAGAGCCAUAUGAAUGGCCUAGCCCACCAGCAGAAAAUGAUGGAGAUCCAGCACAUGAGUAACGCCUGUCUCGUCACGCUGCUACCACGAGUACAGGAGUCACUGCAAGGAGCACGCAGAGACGGAGAGAAGAGACCAGGCCUCCAGCGCUGGUGUGCUACCUGCCAAGUUCAUUUCACAACAAACGUCAUGGAACACCGCAGGACCAAGGAGCACAAACUGUGUAGCCACACGACCAGCCCUUACUGCACAGUCUGCAGGCAGCAGUUCAAAACCUCCAGAGAGUUUGUGGAACACAUGCAAACACCAGAGCAUAAACAAAGACUCGCCGAGAUACAGAAAGAGAGUGGCAUAGAAGGCCUGGAUGAGCUAAACUCUAUUGACGAGAGAGAAUGUUUAGUCGGAGAGGAAGAAGCUGAAGGUAGUGAAGGACAGGAGAAGGACGAUGAUGAAGAUGGCUCCCACGGAGAGGAAGGAACACAUGAGGUUUCUCUUGAGGACAUGACAGACGACGAAAACUUUGAUCCUGGCAAAGUGUAUGGCUCUUGUUUUGUAGUUCCUGUGGCUGGUUACCUCUGUCAGCUGUGCAACCAGUUCUAUCACUUUGAGUCGUCAGCACGGUACACCCACUGCAAAUCCCUCAAGCACUUUCAGAACCUGAAGCAGUACAGAGCCUUGAGGAAACAGGAAGACCUGGUUUUAGCAGCAUCCACAAAUCAAGAUAGCAGUGAUGCUGCAGAUGAUCAUAUCACUGUGGGCGUCGACCCAGAAUGUGACCUCACCACACAAGAAAGUGCCUCCGUAGUCACACAACUCCCUAGCAUGCCCUCAACAAACAACUCAGCCAAUACCAGCAGCACACUGGCUUCAGCAAGCCCCAAAGAACCAGACAGUCUUCAGGGAAGCACGAGUGGCUGCCUGCUCAGCCCCUGCCAGGAGCCUGAGGAAGAGCAGGGUGACCAGGAUGGAACUGGCCCUCAGGCAGCGUCCCAUCAGCUGGGCCAAGCUGGACAAGACAAGGAGGACGAAGACCCAGAGGAAGAAGAAGAGGGUCCCGCUAACAUCUCGGAAGGGAAACCCAGCAGGGGUCGUGGCCGAACCACAGGCAAGAGAAGAUCUGGGAGAGGGACACGCAGACGCUGAAUGAAAAACUUCAGGAAACGAGUGAGACCCAGAUAAGUUGCUUCAGUGAUGGAAGGAU